AUAAUGAUGGAAGUUUACCAUUUUGACCAGUAGAUGUCCUCAAUUUGUUACUUUGCCACCAAGUGAAAAAUCACUUUUCUUUUAGUUCAUAAUGCGACUUUUGAAUGUACAGUAUUUCAGCACAGUGUUUGACUUUUCGUGGUGGAACAAUGUUUCAUAUGUGUUUGCGUAGUCAUUACCUCGUUAUUAGUCAUCUCAUGAAACGAUGUAAUAUAACACCUCAAUAGCAUGGACACAUCUUAUAAUACAAAUUCAACUUACAUUUUUAAAGUUUGUUUUUAUGAAGUCUGUUGAUUGAACACCGAACCAUCUUGAAGUAAUGCUGUAAUCAUGAAAGAGGAAGUAGCUCUGUGUUGUACCAUGCUUUGGCAUUUCUGUAAACCACCGCCCUUCCCAUUGCCUUUAAAGGACUAUGUACCCUACACUAAAUAUGGACAUGCAGUUUCACAGGAUUUCAAAGAAUGUCCCAGCCUCACAGACCAACUUUCAUGAUAGGCUAACACUCCGUACUGGUACCUGACUGCAAGCCCAGUCUCAAGUCCUCCCUCUUAGCACCAGGAUUGAUGCCUCUGGUGGCGUCUCAGUGAGAGGGACACCACCUUCGGCCCAUUGGGAAAUUCUGCAGGCUCCUACACUAGGAAAGCACAAUAUUCUAAAGGAGAUACCAUACAAAUCGUAGGCUACAAACCAUUUUCAUCUGUUCUGCUCCGAGGGUAUUUUCUUUGAGUGUUCUCCAGCCAGAGGCAACCAUGUCCAGGAGGAAGGUGAGGGGACUGACGCGAACGGGGCGGCAGGUGAGCGAGGACCCUGAUCUGGACAACCUGCUGUCCAACCUGUCCCCUGAGGAGAUGGAGGAGCUGGAGAAGGAGGUGUUGGUGAUCCCGGACCUGGAUCCCAACGAGGGAAUAGUCAUAGAACAGCCUGCCACGAACACUGUCCGGGACCGGGAUGCUAAGCUGGACAGCCGAGAGCGUCCGGGGAAGCUCAGCCAAAAGGAACAGUCUAUUGAGGGAGAACCCAAGAAGGAGAGCCGGAAACAAGAGUACCUGAGGAAGAUGGGCCUGAGUCAGGAUGGAAAGGAAGGAGGAGGGAUCAGGAGGCAAUCAAAUAUCUCCACUGAACGAGACAAGAUGGUGGAGAGAAAUAACAAAGGGCCGGACUGUACUAAAGAGGACAGAGCCAGCCUGUCCAGUAGAUACAGGAGAGAGGAGAGCAAAGACAAAGACGUGAAAGAGACCACUAGAGAAAGCUUCAGAAGAGUUGAGAGUAGCAACGCUGAUGUGAAAGAUACAACUAGAGACAGAUUCAGGAGAGGGGAGAGUGUAGAGAAAGAAGAUGCCAAAGAAAGAGAGAGAAACGAGGAUAGCAAGCUGAAGGAGAAAAGAGACAAUAGAUUGAGCACCAGUAAUAAGACAAAAGAAAUGAUCUCCAAGUUACAGGAGAAAAAGGAAAAAGAGGAGAUCAAGGAGAAAGAAAGAAAGGAGGAGAGUAGGAAAAGAGGUGAAAACAAGACAAGGGGACUUGUAUCAAAGUUGGUGGAAAAGCAAAGUCACGUUGAAGAGAGUAAACCAGAAGAUAAGAAAGCUAGAGUGGAAGAGAAGGACAAGCCUGAGAAAGACAAGUUUGACUUGAAACUUGAGCGCCAAAAGUCGGCAAAAGAGGAGGAGAGCAGAAGUGAGAAGCAAGAGGAGAAGGAAGAUCCUCAGGAGAAAGAAGAUGGUAAGGGUAAUGAGAAAGACAUGGUGUUAAAACGUAAGGAAAGUAUGAAAGCCAAAGAUAGGAGGAGUAUCAGAGAUAAGGAAACAGAAGACAAAAAGGAAACAGAAGAGGAAAAGGGAAAAGACUGGAAUGAAGGACUAAAAUCCAUCAAGGGUGAGGAACAACGUGGGAACUGUGUGGCGAACAGGAGCACACCUAGCAAGCCCAAAGUAGAGGAGGAAGAAGACGAGGACUCCAGCAUGUUCGAUGACCUCAUGGAGCAGGUUCGCAGCAACGACCCCACCAUGACCGAGCUCAACGUCAACAACUCGGAGGUCAUCAAGGCGAAAACACUCAUCCAGUUCGCAGAGGCAUUGAAUAAAAACACCUACAUUAAGACAUUUGCCUUGGCCAACUGCCGUGCUGACGACCAUGUGGCCUACGCCAUCGCGGGCACCUUGCGCAGCAACACGUCCAUCACAAGCAUCAACCUGGACUCGAACCUUCUCACCCCCAAGGGUAUAAUGGCCCUGAUCCAGGCCUUGCAGAAAAACACUACACUCACCGAGCUGCGCUUCCACAACCAGAGGCACAUCUGCGGAGGCAAGACAGAGAUGGAGAUGACCAAGAUAUUGAAAGACAACACCACUCUCCUGAAGCUGGGCUAUGGCUUUGAGCUGGCCGGCCCACGCAUGACCAUGACCAAUAUCCUGAGCCGCAACAUGGACAAGCAGCGACAGCGGCGCCUACAGGAGCAGAAGCUGGCCCAGGCCAACGGUGAGAAGAAAGGGGCGCUGGAGGUGCCCAAGGCUGCUGGGGGAUUUCUCCGGGGUUCCCCCAAGGCUUCCCCUAAACCCUCCCCACAUCCCUCACCAAUUCCCUCCCCGAAGUUGACUCCUAAAGGAGGACCAGGAGGGGGACCUCCUCCACCCCCUCCUCCUGGGGGCCCACCCCUACCUCCACCCCCCAUGCUGAACAUAGACUCCCUGCGUAACUCCCUGACGCCUGCGUCACAGAGGAAGAUGGAUGAUAAGGCCAACAAAGCCGGUGUUAACUCCAGGGACCAACUUCUGGACUCCAUUAGAAAUGCCAAUAUGAGGAAACUGAAGAAGGUUGCGGUACCAAAGCUGCUGCAGUAAUCCUCUGGAAUGGAGAGCAUAAGCCAAGGAAGAGGAUGUACAUAGAUCUCACAGGUGGUCUUGAGCGGGGAUCAAAACUCCUACACAUCCCAUGCACAGACAGACACACAGUCUGACCACUAUGCUACGGGAUUGAUAAGGCAGGCAAGCAGAGAAUGAACAGAUGAUUUCUAUUGGAUGCACGGCUUCCACUGUGCCAUGAGUUCUCUCCUUAAACUAUACACUGGACCGCAGGGACCCCGUGGAGGGAGAGCAGAGUUUUUCAGCAGGACGUGCCCUGAGGUCCUAUUUGUCUGCCUGUCUGUGUUGAUGCUUUGCCUGUUAUUUGCACUAGAUUAUUGAAGCCGUUCAUAUGGUAUGUUGACAAGCAUAUGUGGCAUGAUGUGUACAGUAUAAUGUGGGGGCGUGGUAACUGAUAAGCAGGUCAAACAGUUUUCUGUUAAUUCUAUACAGAACUACUUUAACAUUCAUUGAAAAAUUGGACUGUAAUUUGACAGUUUAUUUAUUUGUGGAGGGAAUCACCUCAUGGCUUGUGACAUGGAAUUUUGCCAAAACUGCUGAUUCUCCAUGACAUAUUAUCAGGGAAUUAAAAUGGGGUUAGACUUCAACAAUUCACAGGGGGAGGAGAGAAGGUGGUUUGUAAUGUGUGCCAUUGCCAAAUCUCAAGACUGACAUCUCAGGCAAAGUUUUCACAUAAAAAGCAACCUAUAAUCCCAGUCUUCUUUGAAAGAUUCAGGAAGGAAGUUCAGUCUUAUUUGGAUAUAAGUAUGGUCGCCCUUUUAGUAAUAACAACGUUAUGUAUAAAGCUAAUUUCAUACAUUUUGCUUAAAGUGCAACAACAACAAAAAAUGUUAACAGAAAAAAAACAAAGGAUGUCAAAACAGUUUAUUUUAUUAACAUGUCAGAGCAGUCUUGUUGAGCUAUGCAAUACUUUAAAAUGGGAUGUGGUGAUGUUGUACAGAGUGGCUCGCUACUCUAAAAUGUGUAUGCAUAAUGUGGUUUCUCUGUUAUAUUGGACUUAACUAACUUUACUUACAGAGCCUGUAUACCUUUAAUAAAAAAGUACUGAUAUGUUUGCAAUUGAAAGUGUAAUAUAAUAAACUUUAUUUUAAUAACUUUGCAAUCAAGUACAACAAGAAUAAAGGUAAAAAUACUUUGUCUAACAAUAAAAUACAGGAUGGAGUAAUAUCUGUCCAUUAUUUGAUAGUAAUACAGUACUGAUACAAAGAAAAUGCUAGGGAUACAUUUACUGUAUUUUGUUUAAAUGUUAAACUUCUAUUAGAUAAUAUUUUCCUUUCAAGGGGACAUUUCCCUGGUUUUCAUCUUAAUAUAAUUUCUACUGCUUGAGAAGUAUUCAGUCGGCUAUGUCUGUCUAUUGCUUGGUUGACAGAAUCAGGAAUCAUUUCCAGCAUCUAUAUAAGAUAUGUUGUCAUGGUAGAGCCCUGUAACCUGCAAUGAUAUCGAAGCUGAAGGGAGGACAGUGUGUGACUGAAUGGACUAUUCUGUGUGCCAUGCCAAGUAUACAAUGUCAAAUAGAUCCUAAUAAAAUGUUUG